UUUAAUUUGUUUUCACUUUUCACAAAAUAACUGGAAUUAGGGUUUCUAUUUUUAUUUUUCUACUAUUUAUUCUGUGUCCUUUUGCCAAUUAAUCUGAUUAUCGAUUAUUCUCUUUUGUUGGAUGCGCUGAAACUGAAAGUUUUCAGUAAGGUUUUCAUGUUCUGACAUUUCUUUUUGGAUUGGCAAGGGUAGUUAGUUAUUUGCAAUGAUAGAAGGUGGUAGAGUCCGGCUGAAGACAUGGCAGCAGGCAGCUGUGGCGUUGGGUUCGGCUGUUGGGGCAUUGUUGGACCCUCGAAGAGCGGAUUUGAUAGCGGCUCUUGGUGAGACAACUGGAAAGCCUGCUUUUGAGAGAGUUCUUCAGAGGAUGAAGAGUUGUCCUGAAGGGAGGGCUGUACUAUUGGAGCGCCCUCGUGUUGUUUCUGCAAAAGUAGGACAUGCUUGGGACAUGCCAACAAAUACAUUUGGUGCUGCCUAUGCUAGGUUUAUGGGAUCUAGGAACUUUUCACCAGAUGAUCGGCCUCCUGUGCGGUUCAUGGACACUGAUGAACUGGCUUAUGUAACCAUGCGGGCUCGUGAAGUGCAUGACUUCUGGCAUACCCUUUUUGACCUUCCUACUAACUUGAUUGGGGAGACAGCACUGAAGGUUAUUGAGUUUGAGCAGAUGCACCUUCCUAUGUGCCUGUUGUCCGUUGUAGGUGGUACGGCUAGAUUCAGUGAUAAGCAGAGAAAGUUGUUUUAUCAGCACUACUUCCCCUGGGCCAUUCGUGCUGGCAUGCGGUGCACUGAUCUGAUGUGUGUAUAUUAUGAGCGGCAUUUUCAUGAAGACUUGGAAGAUGUUCGCAGGAAAUUGCAAAUUAUUCCUGCUCCCAUUGUUCCUUAACACUAUGUCUUUGGACCUGAUAAUUUUUAUUUAGUUUUCUUGGCGAUAGUAGUGUGCUAGAGGUUUUUUAGCAAUCACAAUUUUGGAAUAAAAUUAAAAUCGUUGUACAAGCUCUGCCUCUGAUAUUUAGUCAAUGAGCUUUGUAUAAGUUGGAUUUUAUUAUAUGAUCAGUAAAAUAGACUUAUAAACCCAUCUAUUUUUACCG